AUGUUUGAUUCAGGCGGCGGGGGCAUUGUCACACGGAAACAGGGACGCAACCUUGGCGAGUGCGCUGUUCUCCUGCUGGGGCUCAAUUGCUCUGAACUAGUUGCCUGUGCGAAACUGACGUGCCGCGAGAACGCGGACUACUCGUGCGAUGCGCACAAUCUUAUCACGCACUCGUUCAUGAAAUGUUUCUCUGUUACAGCGGACCGGAUCGGCGUGGGACGCGCCAAUUCGAAUAUUAAACGCUUUGACAAACUCUCGAGGACGGAGCGUUGCGGGCCUAGUGGGAAUGGCGGCCGUUGCCAGUACAAAUGCAAGCACCGAACAGACAAAGGAAUGGAAUAUUCAUCGAAACGGGAGGGUGCUUCACACGUAAGCAAAGGCGGCGCGUCGAGCUCGCCCGAGUUACAUAAGCGGGCUCCAGCGCGCAGGCGCAGAGCGGCCCAACCCCCGUUCGCUACCCUCGACAUAAAUAGC